AUGCAAGCGAAGGCGCCGGGCCAGGCGGCGGCAGCGGCGCCGGCGACUGCAGUAGGGAGCUCAUCGUUGGGCUCACCAAGGGCACCGGUGCCGGGCCAGGUGGCGCCUGCUGCAGCGGCGCGAUCGGAGACUCCCGGGAAGGCACCGGCGGCUCAGGCGACACAGAUGGCGCUGGCGGCGCCUGCAGGGAGGCUGCCUCCGGCGUCUAGCAAGGCGCUGGUGCUCGCCCCGCGGCCGGGGUACGCAACGGCCGGCCGGAGGUGCCGCGUGCGCGCCAAUCACGUCCAAGUCCGGCUCGCCGACAAGGAGAUCUACCACUACGAUGUGGCGAUCACUCCCGAAUCGGUCUCCCGGGCAAGAAACAGAUGGAUCAUCAACGAGCUCGUGAACUUGCACAAGCAGUACUUGGGCGGGCGGCUUCCUGUUUAUGAUGGAAAGAAAAGCCUGUUCACAGCAGGUCCACUGCCAUUGGAGAAAGAGUACAGGGUGGCGAUCAAGGACGCCUCAAAGAUAGAUAUGUACAGCCUUCAACAGUUCUUAGCUGGUAGGCAGAGAGAAAUGCCACAGGAGAUUAUCCAGGCUCUUGAUAUCGCUAUGAGGGUCUGCCCAUCCUCUAGGUAUACAUCCAUCUCAAGAUCAUUUUUCUCACCACAAGAAUUUGGACCUGGUGGACCGCUCGGGAAUGGUGUCGAAUGCUGGAGGGGUUACUAUCAGAGUCUACGCCCCACACAGAUGGGCUUGUCCCUUAAUAUUGAUAUUUCUGCAACAACAUUUUACAAGGCUCAACCCAUCAUAGACUUUGCAGUAGAGUAUCUGAAUGUCCGUGAUACUUCAAAGCGUUUGUCUGAUCAGGAACGCAUAAAACUAAAAAAAGUACUCAAGGGUGUCCGGGUCGAGACCACACAUCGCCGUGAUAUAUCCAUACGAUACAAGAUUACAGGGCUAACCUCAGCUGCAUUAAAUGAUUUGACGUUUGAUCAAGAUGGCACAAGGGUAUCAGUUGUGCAGUACUUCAGGCAGCAAUAUAAUUACUCACUGAAAUACACUCACUGGCCAUGCCUUCAAGCUGGCAAUGCUACCAGACCGACCUAUUUACCUAUGGAGGUCUCGCUUUUAUGCCUUUUUGUCAGCCUCCUUCAAGAUAUACCUGAUCUGUUCACAUGUUAUUACAAUGUUCUACUUAUGCAGGUUUGCAACAUAGCUAAGGGACAACGCUACUCGAGUAAGUUGAAUGAGCAUCAAGUCAGAAAUAUCUUGAGGUUGGCCUGUGAGCAGCCAGCAGAGAGGGAGGAGAGAACUUUAGGGAUACUCAAGAAGAACAAUUAUACCGCUGAUGAUUAUGCAAAAGAAUUUGGCAUUAAGGUGAACAACCAACUAGCGUUGGUUGAUGCUCGUGUGCUUCCGGCACCAAAGCUUAAAUACCAUGACUCUGGAAAAGAAAAGGUUUGUAACCCUUCCGUUGGCCAGUGGAACAUGAUUAAUAAGAGAAUGGUUGAUGGAGGAGCUAUCAAAUUUUGGGCAUGUCUUACUUUUACCUCUCAAAUCCAUCCAAAUGAGAUCGGGAGAUUUUGCGAGGAUCUUGUAAUGAUGUGCAACAGCAUUGGCAUGCAAAUGAGCACCCAACCAUGUGUACCAAUCAAGAGAGCACGCCAAGACAAUGUAGAAGCUUCAAUCAGAGAUAUUUGUGGGCAUUCUAAAGAAGUGCUUGCUCAGCAAGGUUUAACAGGGAAACAACUUGAGUUGCUCAUCAUAAUUUUACCUGAUAUGAGUGGUUCUUAUGGGCUCAUUAAAAGACUUUGUGAAACUGAGGUUGGUGUAAUAACUCAGUGUUGUGCACCUAAGAAUGUUAAGAAAGGAGGAAAACAGUUUCUUGAAAAUCUCGCCCUAAAAAUCAAUGCUAAGGUUGGAGGGAGGAACACAGUGCUUGAAGCUGCUUUGAACAGGAAUAUACCACUUCUAACAGACAUGCCUACUAUAGUCUUCGGAGCUGAUGUUACCCAUCCACCUCCUGGUGAGGGCUCGUCUCCAUCCAUUGCAGCGGUCGUUGCAUCCAUGGAUUGGCCUCAAGUUACUAAGUACAAAUGCUUGGUGUCUUCACAAGGGCAUAGGGUCGAAAUCAUAAAUAAUCUUUUCACAGAAGUGAGAGAUUCAGUCAAGGGCAUUGUCAGAGGUGGAAUGAUUAGGGAUUUGCUUAUUUCAUUCUUAAAGUCAACAGGCCAUAAGCCUAAGAGGAUUAUAUUCUAUCGAGAUGGUGUUAGUGAGGGGCAGUUCAGCCAAGUCUUGCUUUAUGAAAUGGAUGCUAUUCGGAAGGCAUGCGCAAGUUUAGAGGAGGGUUAUCUUCCCCCAGUCACAUUUGUUGUUGUGCAAAAGAGGCAUCAUACCCGCCUGUUUCCUGAAAAUCAUCGUGCAAGAGAUCAGACAGAUAGGAGUGGAAACAUUCUACCUGGUACUGUUGUUGACACAACUAUAUGCCAUCCCAGCGAGUUUGAUUUUUACCUCUGUAGCCAUUCUGGUAUUCAGGGAACAAGCCGCCCAGCACAUUAUCACGUUCUUUUCGAUGAAAAUAGGUUUUCUGCUGACGCACUGCAGACCUUGACUUACAAUCUGUGCUACACGUGUUACUAUCAGAGUCUACGCCCCACACAGAUGGGCUUGUCCCUUAAUAUUGAUAUUUCUGCAACAACAUUUUACAAGGCUCAACCCAUCAUAGACUUUGCAGUAGAGUAUCUGAAUGUCCGUGAUACUUCAAAGCGUUUGUCUGAUCAGGAACGCAUAAAACUAAAAAAAGUACUCAAGGGUGUCCGGGUCGAGACCACACAUCGCCGUGAUAUAUCCAUACGAUACAAGAUUACAGGGCUAACCUCAGCUGCAUUAAAUGAUUUGACGUUUGAUCAAGAUGGCACAAGGGUAUCAGUUGUGCAGUACUUCAGGCAGCAAUAUAAUUACUCACUGAAAUACACUCACUGGCCAUGCCUUCAAGCUGGCAAUGCUACCAGACCGACCUAUUUACCUAUGGAGGUCUCGCUUUUAUGCCUUUUUGUCAGCCUCCUUCAAGAUAUACCUGAUCUGUUCACAUGUUAUUACAAUGUUCUACUUAUGCAGGUUUGCAACAUAGCUAAGGGACAACGCUACUCGAGUAAGUUGAAUGAGCAUCAAGUCAGAAAUAUCUUGAGGUUGGCCUGUGAGCAGCCAGCAGAGAGGGAGGAGAGAACUUUAGGGAUACUCAAGAAGAACAAUUAUACCGCUGAUGAUUAUGCAAAAGAAUUUGGCAUUAAGGUGAACAACCAACUAGCGUUGGUUGAUGCUCGUGUGCUUCCGGCACCAAAGCUUAAAUACCAUGACUCUGGAAAAGAAAAGGUUUGUAACCCUUCCGUUGGCCAGUGGAACAUGAUUAAUAAGAGAAUGGUUGAUGGAGGAGCUAUCAAAUUUUGGGCAUGUCUUACUUUUACCUCUCAAAUCCAUCCAAAUGAGAUCGGGAGAUUUUGCGAGGAUCUUGUAAUGAUGUGCAACAGCAUUGGCAUGCAAAUGAGCACCCAACCAUGUGUACCAAUCAAGAGAGCACGCCAAGACAAUGUAGAAGCUUCAAUCAGAGAUAUUUGUGGGCAUUCUAAAGAAGUGCUUGCUCAGCAAGGUUUAACAGGGAAACAACUUGAGUUGCUCAUCAUAAUUUUACCUGAUAUGAGUGGUUCUUAUGGGCUCAUUAAAAGACUUUGUGAAACUGAGGUUGGUGUAAUAACUCAGUGUUGUGCACCUAAGAAUGUUAAGAAAGGAGGAAAACAGUUUCUUGAAAAUCUCGCCCUAAAAAUCAAUGCUAAGGUUGGAGGGAGGAACACAGUGCUUGAAGCUGCUUUGAACAGGAAUAUACCACUUCUAACAGACAUGCCUACUAUAGUCUUCGGAGCUGAUGUUACCCAUCCACCUCCUGGUGAGGGCUCGUCUCCAUCCAUUGCAGCGGUCGUUGCAUCCAUGGAUUGGCCUCAAGUUACUAAGUACAAAUGCUUGGUGUCUUCACAAGGGCAUAGGGUCGAAAUCAUAAAUAAUCUUUUCACAGAAGUGAGAGAUUCAGUCAAGGGCAUUGUCAGAGGUGGAAUGAUUAGGGAUUUGCUUAUUUCAUUCUUAAAGUCAACAGGCCAUAAGCCUAAGAGGAUUAUAUUCUAUCGAGAUGGUGUUAGUGAGGGGCAGUUCAGCCAAGUCUUGCUUUAUGAAAUGGAUGCUAUUCGGAAGGCAUGCGCAAGUUUAGAGGAGGGUUAUCUUCCCCCAGUCACAUUUGUUGUUGUGCAAAAGAGGCAUCAUACCCGCCUGUUUCCUGAAAAUCAUCGUGCAAGAGAUCAGACAGAUAGGAGUGGAAACAUUCUACCUGGUACUGUUGUUGACACAACUAUAUGCCAUCCCAGCGAGUUUGAUUUUUACCUCUGUAGCCAUUCUGGUAUUCAGGGAACAAGCCGCCCAGCACAUUAUCACGUUCUUUUCGAUGAAAAUAGGUUUUCUGCUGACGCACUGCAGACCUUGACUUACAAUCUGUGCUACACCUAUGCUCGAUGCCCUCGUUCAGUCUCAAUAGUUCCUCCAGCAUAUUAUGCGCACCUGGGCGCGUUCCGUGCGCGUUACUACAUGGAGGAGGACACUUCCGACCAAGGCUCGUCAACAGGGACCUCUCGGACGUAUGAUCCAUCUGUCCCCGUGAAGCAACUCCCCCAAAUUAAGGAAAACGUCCAGCAGUUCAUGUUCUACUGCUAGAGGUGGACGGAAUCUUAAGACCUGACAUUGCCACGUUUUGUUGUCGUGCAUGGCUUAGAAGUAUCACUGUUGUGCAAAAAUGACAUACUAGCAAGCUAGUUACCGAAAGCCAACUGGCGAUAUCUUUUUGGAUGGCUCAAUGUGGCAAACUGCAAAAACGCUCAUUUUGGUUGUCAUGGUUCUUAAACUGAAGGCUUUUGUGUGAUUCUGAAAUGCUUCUGUUGCUGUACGAAGAUGUUUUGACAA